AUGGAAUAUCUUAGUAGAUUGCUGUUCAGAAUGCAAAAAAACCCUGACUUCAAUCAUCAUGCUAAAUGUGAACGGCUGCAAAUCACCCACCUAACCUUUGCUGAUGACCUGUUGUUGUUUUCUAGAGGAGAUUAUGGGUCUAUGGAUAUCCUGCAUUUAACUGUGAACAAGUUUCUGGAGUCUACAGGUUUGAAAAUAAACUCUUCCAAAAGUAGGGUGUAUUUUAGUAAUGUCUCUGCUAAUGUCAAGUGUGCCAUCCUUCAGCUAACUUCCUACCAAGAAGGAACCUUCCCCUUUAGAUACCUUGGAAUUCAGGUGACUAGUAAGCGUCUUGCUAUUAUCCAUUACAUGUCGUUGUUAGACAGAUUAUUAAGUAGAAUAACUCAUUGGAGCUCUAGACUGUUGAGUUAUGCAGGCAGGCUACAACUUAUCAAGAGUGUACUCUGUGCCAUCACUACCUACUGGAUGCAAUGUAUCUGGUUUCCAAAAACUGUGAUUAAUAGGAUCAAUGCAAUAUGCAGGUCCUUUCUGUGGACAGGGGGUAAUACUAUCAGUAGGAAGAGUCCAGUGGCGUGGGAUAAUGUUUGUAAACCACAUGUGAAAGGCAGACUAAAUGUGAUGAAUUUGGAAAUAUGGAAUAGAAUGUUUAUGAUAAAACUGCUCUGGAAUAUCUUUGCGAAAUCUGAUGAUCUAUGGGUACGAUGGAUACAUGCUUACUACUUAAGACACGAGGGUAUACUGACCAGAACUGCUAAGGCCUCAGACUCUGGAAUCUUCAAAACUAUUCUUCUACAAAGGGACAGUCUAGUAAAUAUACAGAAUACUUGGAAUGAAAUACUGCAAACAGGUAAAUUUCUUGGGAGAAAAGUAUAUCAAAGUCUUCUACCUAUUACUCCUAAUGUUACAUGGGCUAAACUAUUAUUCUUCACAAUAGAGCCAGACCCCCGGCAAUUAUUACUCUAUGGAUGA